AUGUAUAAUUCCAAUAGUAAUACACAUCAAAAAUCCAACACAGUAAGUGUUUAUAAUACAAGGACUGGAAAUGUAAGUAAAACAAAAUUGAUUCGGUUGGUAAAUGGCCACUAUAGACGAGUAGUAGAUAUUUCAAACAAAGACGAAAAAGAGAUCUUAUUUAGAACAUGCACAUGCCCAUACCCUAGCCCUAGGAGCGAAGAUACUAGAAACGCAUAUAUACCACCCGCAAAUAAUGUACCAACUAUCUCAUAUAGAAAAAGGAUGUAUUCUUCCUUUGGGAAUAAAGAAAGCAAUGAUAUUCAAAAAGAUGAAUCAACUACUGAAAAUGAAGAUUUGUCCGAAACGUCAUCGAAACAAGAAAGUACAAUAGACGACGGAACAGAGAGUUUAAUUAAUAGUAAAGAAACUGAUGAUGAUAAUCAAUUUGAACGAUUAUUCGAAGAAGUAGAAGAAGAAGAAGAAAAAAGGGAAGACUUAGUUGAAGAAGAAGAAAGCUUGAUUGAAGAAAAAGAAGAAAGUUUAAUUGAAGAAAAAGAAGAAAGUUUAAUUGAAGAAAAAGAAGAAAGCAUAAUUGAAGAAAAAGAAGAAAGCUUAGUUGAAGAAAAAGAAGAAAGCGUAAUUGAGGAGAAAAAAGAAGAGAUAAUUGAGAAGAAAAAAGAAAUCCCACCUAAAAAUAAAACAUUAAUAUUGCCUUCCAAAACAUUGAUGAAAGGAAUAAAAACUAAUAUUUACUUUUUAUCAAAUAAAGAAAAAAUUCAAGUUAUAUUGUGUUAUAAUUACAAAUGUGAUGCUGUUGUAUUUGAAAAGGGGGCGUUUUUAAGAUAUCUAUACAUAAAAUCUAUUAAUAAUAUUAUAUUAAAUGAACGAAUGAUUGAGGAGUUGUGUAAAAAUGAAAACUUAAAAUAUAUAUUAGCAUGCAAUUCCAUUGUUGUAGAAUCUAGCGAUUUUAUAAAACCUUUGAUUAUUGAAUUCGAAUCUUCAAAUUCAAAAAAUGUAUUUGUUAAACAUAUAAAACAUAAUUCACAAAAAGAAAUGGAUAUUAAUAAAUUCAAUGAAUAUAUGCGUGACCUUAAAUCAAAUGAAAAAUUGCGUCUUAAAAAAGUUGAACGAUUUCAUUCCAUAAAUUUGGCAUCCAACCAUUGA